AGGGUAAUAAAGAAGAAAGCUAAAUACGGCAGACUAAUUUUUAAUUACUUUUCAUUCUUCUCUACGAAAGAGAGAAGCUUUUGUACCUCUAAAGCUUCAAGGCAGGUCUUCGAAUCAAGCCUUCCUCAAAUUUCAUCUCUAUCCGUUGCAUGAAAGGUUUUCUAUAGCCAUGAAUUGGAUACAAAGGAAGAUCUACCUUUACAAUGUCACGUUUGGGCUGUACAUGUUGGAUUGGUGGGAGCGUAUCCUCUUCAAUACGUUGGUGGUUGUGCUGAUGUGGUUCAUGUUUUACAAUGGAUCACGAUACGUAAAUGAUUUGUGCAAGAGGCAUCUGUGGCAAGGCAAGGUGUAGCCGUGUAGGACCAUUGUGCCCAAUGGGAUAGGUUCAAGGCUGUCAGUAAUUUGGGUGGAAUUUUGCAUUAUUAUCAAUCUAGUAAAGCGAUAUGAUGUGCUAUGUGUAUGUAGUAUUCCCUUUUUGCUUUUAGACAAGCUUCUCUGUUUCUUAAAUUUAUUGAACAAACUUUUCUGAUAUUGAGAUAACCUGUUUGUAUUACACUUGCUUGAAAUCUGUUUUGAAACUGAUUUUCGUAUUUGAAUGAAAUGCUCUGAUGAGUUAUCAGGCACACUGGUUGUGUAAUUGUUGUUA